AUGUCUACUCUCUUCUCCAUCAGAGGAGGCGUCCUUGGCCUCCUCAGUAUGGACUACACUGCUUUUGCACCAUUCACGACAACCGCGCGCGGACUAACGAUUCCAAAGGAGAGGCGAAUUCAAGAAGAUUCUGCGUAUUUCAGGAUUUUCCUUGGUGUAGACGAUGGAGACUUGGGCCAUUCUGGUGGCGAACUCCCUGAUGUUCAUAUGUUCAAUUAUUAUGGAGUCAAGACCGGAGGGGUUUCAGACCCUGGCGAAUGGGUUGCACCUGGCUCGUCCGCAAUCUUAUGGGCCGGAGGCGAAGGCAAAUGGGAAGGACACGCACCGCAACCCAUAUAUACCUUGUUUACAGCCAAUAACGACGCGAUAUGCGUUGCUCUCGCCACCACAGCCUUUCCGGGUCUAACAGGUCACUAUGCUUGGAGCGGUGAUUGGGGCUCUGAGUGUGCGGGCGACAAUACAACAAUUGGCACAUGGUACUUCAGCGGCGUCGUAAUCCCCGGGACCAACUACUAUCCCAAUUGUUUGUGGAUCGACCGGAAUGGUGGACAGCCUGCCACAGCUUUCCAAGUAAACUGGGUCGACUUGAAGCCGGGUGAAGGCGACAAGCGCAUUGGGAAAAGCCCCCAUGACAAGUGCCAAACGCCUAGUUUCAACAUCUUUCAGAGCCAUGAUCCCACAGGCAUUAUCUACGAAAAACAGGAAACAGACGACCAUGGCGUGCCUCUGAGCUAUUCGAAGCCAGCAACUUCCCGCGAGAACGCGAGAACACGACGUUCUGUCGCUGCGGCCAAAUUUCGAUUCGAGCAGAAGUGGAGCAAUGUUUUGGUGGUGGAUGACCUCCCUGCUCAUUCUGCCCACACUCUCUGCGAAUCCUCUUCCUCCGCGGGGCCAAGCUUCGUGAAUGAAGAGGACGGCUACUUCUGCGACAUGGAGACGAGGACAGUCUACCCAGUGUGCAAGCAGCAGAGCCACACCGAUGUCUGCUUCGACACGGAGCAGAAUGACCUUGGUGAGUUGCCCAACUGUGAUAUUUGCUAUGUCUCGGAAUGGUGA